UUGCAGAUAGGGAGCCAGGUAGUAGAACUGUAGUAAUACUUGAAGAAUAUUUGACUUUAUCUACCUGGAGACAUGGCAUGCAAUUGGCCAAGACAGGGUUCAAAGUCGUGAGGGUACAAACGGAAAAAGUAUUGAAAAAGUAUUGGAAUUCAUUCAAGACCGUGGUGACUGACCCGUCCAAGAAAUCCCAGAGCCCAGUACAAAAAAAUGGCAGAUAUUUUCAAAAAGGGAAAAAUCUAUCAGGGAUUGAACUGGUCAAAUGCGAGAAUCUUGAAAAUGCACUGAAGGAAAUUUUGCAAUCCUCUUUCCGAAAGUACUUUCUGAUUUCGGGCGAAUAUGGGACAGGAAAAACAACCUUGGUUCAAAAUACUAUCUUUAAUCUUCAAGAGCCAAAGGGUGUUGUCCUUUUUGAGUGUUCUUCAGAUGUGAAAGGAUUUGCAGAGGAAUUGUCAAAUCAUCUUGAUUCGAAUUACUAUAUGAAAAAAUACAAGCCUCCGAUAGUUUUGAUUCUUGAUCAAGUGGACCGCAUUGCUAAGGAGGACCCAAAAUUUCUGAGGAUACUUCAAGAUUUUGCAAAGGACUGUGCAGAGAAAGGCACCCUUGUCAUUAUAUUUAUUGCGAGUGAAGGCUUGGUUCCGCAAAUUAUGAAAUCUCGCUCUGCCUGGUCGCGGGCAAACAUCCCUUUUGAUAUCUCAGAUGAAGAAGCUGUGAAAUUUCUGCAAGAUUCUGGUGGACGGUUUAUUUUAUUGAAGGAGGUCCAAAUAUUAAAUCAAGUCAAUCCUAAAAAUUUGGUUGAAAAAUUCAAGGAGCAAACGUUCACGCAGAUCAAGAGAGAUUUGGACACAGUGGAACUUCCUGAAAACCAUGAAUUUUUCAUAAAACUCAUCGAAGUAGAUCGUAUUGACAUCAAGAAUGCUAAUACCAUUAUACCUCUCAACAUGAUUCAUAAACUUGUCGAGGCUAAUAUUCUCAAAGAAAAUCAGGACUACACCGUGUCCUUUCAUUCACCUAUUUUAAAGAGGUAA